AUGGGCAUACCACUCGUAAAGGCGUCGCAGGUACACGAGCACAUUUUGGCACAAUUUUGUGGGGCAACUCUACUUGCCGGGCGCUUCUCAUCACCAGACGAGUAUGCUCUGCGCAAUACCAAAUCUACAAAGCCGCAAGUCCUCAAGAGACCUAACCUCUUCAUAGUCCCUAGGGAUUUAGCUCCGAAACCCUAA